UCCACCCAUCAAUGUAAACAAAACUUUAGCGACUGGCCACGAGUGUGAUUUUUGUCCGGCCACCAGCGUGACAGUUGUCUGGUCACCAGCGUGACAGUUGUCUGGUCACCAGCGUGACAGUUGUCUGGUCACCAGCGUGACAGUUGUCCGGCCACCAGCGUGACAGUUGUCUGGUCACCAGCGUGACAGUUGUCUGGUCACCAGCGUGACAGUUGUCUGGUCACCAGCGUGACAGUUGUCCGGCCACCAGCGUGACAGUUGUCCGGCCACCAGCGUGACAAUUGUCUGGUCACGAGCGUGACAGUUGUCUGGUCACCAGCGUGACAGUUGUCUGGUCACCAGCGUGACAGUUGUCCGGCCACCAGCGUGACAGUUGUCCGGCCACCAGCGUGACAGUUGUCCGGCCACCAGCGUGACAGUUGUCCGGCCACCAGCGUGACAGUUGUCCGGCCACCAGCGUGACAAUUGUCUGGUCACGAGUGUGACAGUUGUCUGGUCACCAGCGUGACAGUUGUCUGGUCACCAGCGUGACAGUUGUCUGGUCACCAGCGUGACAGUUGUCCAGCCACGAGCGUGACAGUUGUCUGGCCACGAGUGCGACUAGCUGUUAUCAGGAACAGGAAGCACAUUAGGCUUAACAAGGUCCCUCUAUGCCAAUGACAAGCUUCUCCAGGAUUUAACUCAGAAUAGUUGUCUAACUCCCAGAUAUAUGUACAGUACUGUAUAUACUGUACUUCGUUGACAGCUUCCUGUUAUGGUCACUUGAGAUGAUGCAAAAAAAAUGGGUGACAUGAGAGAAUAUUAUCGUCAGGUAUCUGAAAUUCAAAAGGCUGUGAGAGAAAGUAGUGACUUCUCACGCAGGGAGAUCCAUCGCCUUCAACUUGAAAAACAAAUCCUGAUGAAGACGCAUAAAAGGGAAAAAAGAUAUGCAGAACUGCAAGAUAAACUCAAGGAGCUGCACAAGGAUCUCAUACGAGAGGAGCUGGAAGCAACGCAACGCUUCCAGAGUUUGUUAGCUCAAGUUGAUGCAGUGAGAAGAGAACAUCAAUUGCUGGCUGCCCACACAGAGAGACUUAGACAAAGAAAGCGACAGUAUGAGAUGCACAUGGCAAGCACUAACCUAGAUCAUCAGUACAAAAUACAAAGUGAUCAGUACCAUACAUUUCAAAACUCGGCUGGUGCCACUAGAGUGGAUGUUCCUCAACACCCCAGCAGCACUCUCAUUGCCAACCCACCUCUCUUCCACCCUGCCAACACUCAACAGUCUCAUGCUUACCCCGUUACUUCGUCUGUUGCAUCUACCUCCAGUCAUUGGCCUCCAGGAGGUUACUUACCUCACGGGCAAAUGGGCUAUCCAGCAUAUGGACAACAGUUAGUAAAUCAAACAGGAACUCACCAUCAGGGUGUUGAUCAGCAGGGAGCAUUCAUACCCUUCAAACAUUCACAGGCUGAUGGAAAAACCAAUGUUGAUAUUUCAUCUCCAAUGAAAAGUGGAGCAACUCACUUCUUUAAUCCAUCUGCUCAAUAUGACUAUUUGAGAAAUCUAAAUGCAGAAGAAAACUGUGUUUCUGACAUCAGGGCUCCUGCAGAGUCUGGAGAAUUUAGUAAGCCUUUAAAUGAAGCAAAGAACAUGACUAAUGUAUCUUAUGACUCUAAUGGCUAUAAUCCAGCUCGUCACGUGAAAAGUAAUGCAGCUUUUCAUAAUCCCUUAUCAGCAGUGCAGUCUCCAAAAGAUUCAGUUCUUGAUACUGCAGAGACUGCCUUACCUCAACCAACAAUCAACCCAAUUUCCCUUAUGACACAGGACAUGCAACAUUUAUCCCAGCACUCUCACCCCCUCCACAAUACUGCACAAAACAAUCAGAUGGGCAAUGCCAUUACCGAAGAAUAUUUACCUAGUAGGCCAACCCCACCAUUCUCUAUAAAUUCAACAUAUGGUUCACCUACAGUUCCUACAGCCACAAUAAUCCACAGUUUACCAGAUUCAAUGGAAAUUUCUAAACAUUUAGAUCCUGAAUCAUCUUCACAAGAGACUCUCACACAUAAAAAACCUUCAGAUGAUAGAUUAUCUGACGUGUUAGGCCAUGAAACUGCAGCGAGGAAUGAUGAAAUUGUACAUCAAACUCUAUUCCAAGCUACAAAUGAAAAUGAAUGCAUUUUAAGUGAAACUAGGACUUCAGAAAGAGAAAGUGAAAGGAAAUCUUCUGCUGAUUUUUCAGAAAAAAAUAUUGAACAAGAUCAUCUAAAUAGUGAUUCUAUAGAAGGGGAAGCAUUAGGUGAGCACAAUGUUCCAGUUGCACUUAAUAAUCAACCAUUAUUGCUACAGCCCAGCUCAAGAACCAUGUAUAAUGAGUCCAAUGCAAAAGAACAAAUUGGAAAGAAUGGGAAGGAAAAUGUUGAAAUGUCUGCAAAUGGUAAAAUAAGUGAGAAUAAGAGUGAAAUAAUCUCAGCAAAUGUGAGUAAUUUUGAAGGUGAAAUUAAUGAAGCAGCAUCCACUAUAAAUACAAAAAAUGGAUUGCAGAGAAUUAGAAGUGAAUCAUUGCCUGACUCUAGGGAAAACGAAUUGCCAGUACAUGCAGCUAAUGAUAACAUUAGCACUUCACCUGUUGCAAGAGAUAAUUCGCCUGCAUUACCAAACGAGCAAACCAGCAAAGUUAACUCCAUCUCAUCUGACAACAUACCUGGCAAUAAUGACACAAUACUGAUAACCAAAGAAAAACAUGGCAAUGCUGUUUCAACAAUAUCCAUGGAGCCAAAAGAAAAAACACCACAGCCAUCUGUGGUUUGUAAAGAAGAAGAAGAAACAGGUCAUCUGAGAAGUGAUGAUGAAUUAGGAAAAACAUCUUAUCAAUCUCUAGAGAGUAAAUUAAGUACUCCAAAAUUAGACUCCCCAGAAAAAUUAUUAAAUCAAUAUUCUUCUGGAGAAAUAAUUGAUUCUGGCAUGACUUAUGAAAAUAGAUCAAAAGUUUUAAAUUCAGAGACACUAUCUCAGGAUCAAGAGGAAGAUGAUUCAGAUUUCUUUGACCGUGAUAUUCCAGUUACAGGUUCGACAGCAUACAAAAGUGUGGUGGGAGAAACGAGAGUCGGUGCACGAUCCUUAUUGAGCACAGAGAGCGACAAUGAUGAUGUUGAAGGACAGAUGUCUUCCAUCCUUUCCAAGCAGCAGAAUCAGUCAACAAGAUCGACAUUCAAGCCAUUUGCCUCCAGCAUUCCAUCUCUCCGACCUCGACCACCAGAAACGGAUACAGACAGCGUUGACAGUGUAGAGGCAGCCAUACAAGCAGCAAUGAAAAAUAAAAAUGAUCAACCAGCAACAGCCACUGCCUCAGCUCAAGCUCAGCAACGACCGUCAUCUACACCACAAGACUUGCCUUUAAAGCCAUAUACAGAAUUAUCUAAGGAAACUAUUAAACCCGGAGUUGGAAUAAAUCCCAGCAAACCUCGUACAUCAGCAGCUAUUCAGCUGAACUUGGCUUCCGAUUCAGAAUCAUGUGGUGUUAGUGCAGGAGAGGAUGGUUCUGAUGAAGAUGAUUUUGAUUUUUAUGAUAAACUUUAAUAUCUGCCA